CCACUAUUGCUUGCUGUUUGCUUUUACGUAACUCAUGCCUUACGUUAUGCAUUUAGGUCCUCUUAUCUGAACCCAGACAGUCUCAGCAUUUUCAGCCGAGCUCUUUCGACAAACCAGGAGAUUCAGCAGCAGCCGUGGAAGCAUUCAGACCAACAGAGACGCCAUCAUGAGAAGUCUAAUAUUUGUGCUUUUGGUGGCUGCAGCCAGCGCUAAAACCUUCCAGCGCUGUGAAUGGGCGCGCACGCUGAAGGCACGUGGGAUGGACGGCUACCGUAAUGUCAGCCUGGCUGACUGGGUCUGCCUGACCAAAUGGGAGUCGAGCUACAACACGAUGGCGAAACACCACAACAACGAUGGAUCCACUGAUUUUGGCAUCUUUCAGAUUAAUAGCUACUGGUGGUGCAAUGACCAAAUCAUGUCUUCAAAAAAUGGAUGCAACAUCAACUGCAGCGAGCUUUUGAGUGAUGAUGUCACCGUAGCAAUCAAAUGUGCCAAGCGCAUCGUUUUGGAACAAGGCAUCAGAGCCUGGUAUGGCUGGCUUAAUCACUGCGAUGGCCGUGAUCUCAGGCCCUAUUUGGACGGAUGUGGUCUUUAACCAACGCAGGAGGGUCUCACUGACAUGAUGAAAUGUCCUCAUCUUCUCCUGAAGCAUUUAAACUAUCUCUGAGCUGCAGAACAGCGAGCUGCUCUAACUAAUAAACUCAGUUAAAAUCUAAA